CAAGCGACGUCGCCAACUCUCAGCAUUGUUGUGAUAGCGAGAAAGCAGACAAACAGAGUGUUAACGGUGAGAGAGUGUCGUUUUAUGGAAGUGGACAUGAUCAUUGACGACAUAGGCAUGGAGACGCCCGACGGAGAGCUGGAGGAGGCCAUGGGGAACGGAGAGAGCCUGGAGGAGCAGGAGAGCGAGCCGACCUCCAUCAUCGUGACCAACCUCCAACCCCACAUCUUCGAGGAACCUCACCAGAAGAAUAUAUUUGAGUUGCUCUUUGAAGACAUAGAUGAGACUGCAACCUUCCAGUAUUUCAAAAGCUUCCGAAGAGUACGUGUAAACUUUGCAACGCCCACACAAGCCGCUGCAGCACGUAUCAAACUCCAUAUGACAGAAUUCCAGGGGGAAGUCAUAAAAUGCUACUUCACUCAGCCUAUUGUCCUUGGGAGCAGUCGAGACGGGCCACACCUACAACCUCCAAAACGAGAGAAGCAGUUCUUGAUAUCUCCACCUGCAUCUCCACCUGUAGGCUGGGAACCUGUUGAAGAAGCUGAACCUGUUAUUAAUUAUGACCUUAUUGCUGCAGUAGCUAGCCUAGCUCCAGGAGAGAGUCAUGAACUUCAUCCACCAAUGGAAGAUAAGCCUGGAAUAAUUGUUCACAUUUGCGAGGAAGCAGACAACCCGGGUGGUCCAAAACCCCAAAUCAUCCAGACACGUAGGCCACAGUCCUCCACUUAAUGCACUGUGAAUUGAUAGUGUCAUGUAUUUUAAGGAUUUCUUUUUUUUAUUUUUAUUUAUUUUUUGUUUUUUGUUUUUUUGUCACAGAGCAAGCCUUUCUAGGAAUCUUUGGAUGAGAUCAUGAUUAUGUGUGUUUUUGUGUACAUAUAUAAAUCAAGAUAUGUUGGUAUAUGUUGCAUACAUACACAGGAUGUUUGUGUAUGCAUACAAACACACAUGCAUCUGUCUUAAACAGAAGAGCCUAAUUUUAUCAAAGGCUUUAUUGGAAAGGGAUAGCACAUAGCCACUAGGGUCUUUUUAGCCUCUUAGGCCCACUGUAAUCCCAAAAAAUAAAGUUACUUAUCUAUCAGUCUGUCUAUGUAUAUAUGUUUGUUUGUGUAUAUAUAUGUGUACACACACACACAAACACACACACACACACACACACACACACACACACACACACACACACACACACACACACACACACACACACACACACACACACACACACACACACACAUACACACACACACACACACACACACAUACACACACAUACACACACACACACACACACACACACACACACACACACACACACACACACACACACACACACACACACACACACACACACACACACACACACACACACACACACGCACACACACACACACACAAAAGGAGUGAGAGCAAGAGAGCUUAAGUGAGAGUGAGAGCUACACAGUGAAGGAACACGAUACAAUAUCUGAGAGAGUGAGUGAGUGAGUUGGAGAGAGAGAGAGAGAGAGAGAGAGAGGAGGGUGUGUAUAAAGUUGAGUACAUAUAUACAUACAUGGUACAUAUAUCCACUGAAGAGUCUGUCUGAAUAUGGACUGUUGCUUGACAUUUCUGGAAUUCCUUUGUGGCUUGUGGAACCAGCCAUAGACUUGAUGUGACCCUAAUCACUAGUAGGAGUAUGUAAACUUGAUGUGUUUGGUAUUUUCCUGCCCAGCCUGUGGAGCAAGUUGUCUUGCAGCAGCCUAUCACUGGCUUUCAUGUGAUGAUUUUUAUAGCAAGUGAAUCCAUGUGUAGUAGUAUAGCUGUGGUGAUUACGGUUUCUUUGAAUUUUUCUUCAUGUUUCAUAUUACGUUAGGCAUGAUUAAUGAUAUGACUAGGUGUGACUUUCAGGGAACAGUUUUCAAUAUCAGCACCUGAAUUGCUCAGUUAGAUAACCUGGUUUUACCCCUUCAACUUGGGCCGGUCAUAAGUAAUUGUUCUUAGAUAGACUUGUGGACAGGGCUGGAUUAAGGUCUUGGCUAGGUAGGCAUCCUAAGGGAUCCCAAUCCUAAGGGUGGAUGCCCUAUAUGUAGUCUCAUAAAUAUAGGUACAAUUUAUUGUAAAUUUUACACAUUACAUUGGUAAGCAUUCUUCUGAUCUUCUAGACUAUUCAGGAGCUCCUGUUAUCCAUGGAUGUUUCCUACACACAUAUACACAUAUUGAAGUAUUAGAAACAGCCUACAACCCUGCAAACUCUUAAUCUGGCCCUGCCUAUGGAGUAUGUGAAAAGUGAUAGUGAUAGAAUACAGUCAUUUUAAGGUGAAAGAAAAGUUAUCACUGACCAUUCUUGAAAAAAGAGUAAUGAAAAUAGACAUCAGGCUUAGCUUGAUAUUAAUAAAAGUCUACUGACAUUAGUCAGUUGUUCUCAACAACAUGAAAAAGGAAUCAAACAUCAUGGUAAGGUAAUACCAAUUAAUAGCUUACAUUAUUGCACCUUAGCAUGACUUAGUCAUUAAACUCUACCUUCAAGGGAUGAUCUUGCAAGACUUCCAGAGACUGUCCCUCAUUUUACCACACUUUCUUUCUUAAAAAUGAUGUCUUAUAAUAGUAAAUUCUGUGAGGUAUCCAUCAGCCAUGAAUGUAAAUCUAUUGACACCAAAUUUAAUGUAUUUGUAACUGCAUGUCUUGCUUUUGCAAUUAUUCUUUCAUUUAUAUGCUUUGAAUAUUUAACUCUGUACUUUGUUUAGAUUUGAAGACUCACCAACUAGGGAUCACCAGCCCCUAAAAUUAGCAACAAUUAUUACCAUCUUUGCAGGUUAAUAUUGCAGACAGUCUUAUGAAAUUUAUGAUAAUAUGAGUACUGCAUGUUUUACAGCAUUAAUUUUUCUUCUUUUUUUCUCUUUUUUAUGGUUCCCCUUCCAAAGAAAAAUCUCAUUCAAAUUCAAAAAUUGUGCUGCUCUUUGCUUAUUUUCCUUUCUCCCCCUUCCCCCUCCAAAUAUUGUAUUAGUUGAGGAUCUUGUAUUCUAUUCAGAUAAAUCUGGGGGAGGGAAAUCUGCAUAAGCAGCUGUUAAUCUUAUGUUUUUUUUUACAUAAUUGAUGAUAUAGAUAAUCUUUGCUUCAGCAUAUAUUUUAGGACUGAUACAGUACUUAUAGAUACAACAGCAGCUAUGAUUAAAAACAUAGUAUAUACUAUUGAAAACUGCAUGAUCAACAAGUCAACAAGUUUGGUAAAAGUGUGUGAAGUUAAAUGUAAGUGCAAUAACAUUGAUAGAAGCUCACUGGCAGGAGGUACAUGUAUUUGUGAAAUUUGUUGCACACAGAUGUCUCAGCCACCAAGUAGUCAAUAAGUUAACCCUAUGUGAUGCUUGAUUUACCCAUUCCUUGAAAUCUUUGGAUUUUUGUUUUAACUAAUGCUAUCUAUAUCACUACUGUUGUAAUUAUUAUUAUUAUUAUUAUUAUUGAUGCUAUAAUCAUUAUAAUAGUAUUGAAAUAUUAAUAACCACAGAAAUAAAAAUUAUUUUUACAGAAAGUCAAGGAAAAGGGUAAGCAGGUGAGAUGGGUAGGACUAAUAAUUGACUCCUUGGUGACUAAGCACAUGUCAAUUGUGUGUAAACACAGAUUAGACCAGUUUGAUUCUGUACCUGGAAGUAAAAGAUAUGCUGUAAAUUAGUGAUAAUUUAAUAAUGAUAGUAAUAAUGAUAGCAAUAGCAAUACUUCUGAACUAAUCAAGUAAUGCUACCAUUAAUAGUAAUAAUGUUUAUAAUAAUAAUAACUUACUAAAAAGAGGGAUAUGAAAUGGAAAAAUUGUUGUAGAAGAGGUAAGCUUUAAUCUCCUUUUUUUCUGUGGCAGAACCUGCAGAUUAUGGUCAUUCACACAGUCACAAAGUGCACCGUUGUCUCUAAUCGUGAGGUAGCAGUAGAAAUGUUUUUUCUUUCUUUUUUUCUUUCUUUUCUCCCCCCCCCCUUCUAAGAAUAUGGCAAAGAUAAAUUUAUUGUCUAACAAUAUGUCAGACAUACCUGAAACUGUCCAGAACAUUAUUGACAUGCCUAUUCUCCUUUAUGAUUUCUUUCUGGUAAUGAAACUGGUAGUAUAUUUUGAUAUCAAGCUAUGCUCAUGUGAAUUUUGUGCUUGCUUCUACUUAUAAUUGUAGUAACACUGCUAUUUACUUUAUGUAAGUUCAUGUUUUUUUUCUCUUUGAGGCUUAAAAAAUAUGCACAUACACAGACAAAGAAAGGGGGAGAGACAAAAAAAAAAGUGUGUCAUCCUUAACUAAGGCAGCCAGACUUAAAUAGUAUAUUAAUGAUAUUUUGUUUAGAUUUGUCUGAUGUCAGACUAAAGAGUGUGUUACAAGAAUUCACUGCCUAAUCAUACAUAAUGUCAGUCUUUGUCAGGCCUUUCCUGAGUCUAUGCAACAAUAACACAUUUUCUUGGGUAAGCCAGUGAAAAAAGAAUGAAGAGGAAUAGGUCUACAUUAAUAUCAUCCGCAUUUCAGGAUCUUGGCAUGGCUAUUCAGACAAGUAAGAUUAACUUAAUCAAUCAAUGUGGGUAAUAAAGUAGAUAAAUACAUGUAUUUCAUGACAAAAGACUGAACAUCAUUUAUUCUCUUGUAACUUUUCAGACAUAUUGGCACAGUGUGAUAUUGACAUGUACCCAGUUAUUUAGAUGAGGAUUGAGUUCUGGCUUAUUGAAUAUGGUGUGUUUCUUCCAUAGAAGUUAAGCAUAAAAAUAUACCUAAUUCACAAACUCCUAGGUUGAACAAAGUUACACUGAACAAAGUGAAUGAAGUAUGCUCACAAUCAGACAUAAAUCACCAGUCAUUUACCACUAUUGUUCUUCAAUAGAAAAAAAAUGUAUUUGCACACAUGUUUAUACCAUAUUUGCCAAUAUAUUAGUGGAAAUGAUAUUACAUUGCUUCAUAUAUUUACCAAAAGUUAUUUUAUGAUUUUUCAGGGAACAAUAUUAUAUUUUCGAAAUACAGAUAUAUACAAAUACAUAUAGUAUACAAAGGACAUGAGUGUAAACUAGUGACAAAAAAUAUAUGUACUUAAACUGCUUAAAACUAGGAUAUAUUGUUUGUAUAUCAAAACAGCUGUUUGGUGUGUGGCUUGUUCAUAUAACUUAUCAGUAGGGUAUAAAAGCAAGCAUCUCUGCUCUGAUAUUUUGUAUUCCCGCUCUGAGCCACAGCACCAUUAUCAUUAUUGUUUCAGAGUUGUCUGCUAAAUGUAAAUGUGAAUGAGAGUUGAUAUUUCAUCAGAUACCUAUUUUCCUUUUCCCUUUGAUUCAUUUCUCAUUUAUAUAAUGUAUAUCUGUAAAUAUGUUUGGUACUAUUUAUUAUAGGCUGGCAAAUAUGGUAAUUGCUUAUGAUGAAAGUAUCAUUAUAUCCUUGUAAUUUAAUUUCUAAUUAUGACUACCAGUACUCCAUAAAAACAGUCGGGAAUUGACUACAGUCUUGGUUAGGCACAGAACCAUACAUUUUGAAAUUCCAUAUAUAUUGUUUUUUUUUUUAAUAUAACUGUAAUAAAGACUUGAUGUAAACAAUAUUUUUGAGAUGGUAUAGGAAUUAUUGGUUAUGAAGGAAUUGUUAACAUUAGAGGCCUUGAUUUUUACAAAAAAUAAAAAAUAAAAAUGCACAUUAGAUAUAAAUCAUAUAUCUUUGUACCAUUUUUGAGUAAUGUGUAUAUGGCCAUCAGGGUUAAAAUUUGAACAGGGGGUAAUAGUUGAUAUAUAAUUAUUUUUCCACAGGUCUCAAAUAGUGUUUGUCGUUGUAUUCAUAAUGUGAUGUGUUAAUGAGAUACUACAGUGACGAGGCUAAAUCUCUGGAGAUUUUUGUCUUAAGAUCCUCCUUUUCAUCUAUGUAUAUUGAAUAUUAUGUCUCUACUAUUGUGUUUAAUCAGUGCUUCUGCAAUUUGUAGUGUACAGGUAAUAUGAUGAUGGUAAAGAUUUUUUUUUAAUAGUUCACUUUUUACAUAGUCAUUCUAGAAGAAAGAUGAAUAGAGUAUUUCAAUUCUUGAAUGUUAGAAACAUACCUAUUUAACACUUUCAACUUAACUUUUCAAUUGAUGAGUUUUUAUGUCAUGAGUUUCAUGUUUAUUAUAUUGCACUUUUGUAAACAUCCAGUUCAAUCUACGCAGAAUCCAUCACAUUGAUAAAAUUGUUUUUUUAGACUUUCCUUUGUAAGUGUUGUUUGAUAUCUUCUCCAAUAUUUUUCUCUUUUUAUAGGUCAGCCAUGUUUUUGUUACUGUCAACAACAUUUUUAUGAAUUAAAGAAACAUAUAAUGACUUAUAUAAACAAUAACAGUAAUUAUUUUAUAUUGUCAUUGUUGGCCUCGAUUUAGACAGUUUUUUUUUUCUCUCUCUCUCUUUUUCCAUGAACACAUUAAUGCUUGGAUGUUAAUCAACCUUUCUGGAUAUGUAAGUUCAAAUUCAAUGUAUUUAACCAUUUAGUUUAUUGAGAGUGUGUAAAUAGUGUAUGAAUAGAUUCUUGUAUAGUCAUGUGGAGUGAAUUUGAUAUCAUCAGUGGAAUAAGGUUUGGCAUGAACAUGACAUGAAGCUAAAUACAAAAUUAUUUUACUUUAUGCAUCAUCAUCAUCAUAUACAUAUAGUCUUAUUUGGGUUAGUUGUCUGUAGCUUGUGUCAGUUUUAGCUUCUUAGAAAAAUGUAUAUGGCUUUUUAGAGGCAUAUUAUUGUUGUUAGCAGUGUUCCUUUUAUGUGUUUGAUUUUGCAGUAUGUUUGGCAAAAGCUAGAUUGGUCAUCGUAGUUGCAUCAUUCUCCAAAUGCACCUCUGUACUACCUUUUAUAUGAUGGUUCUGAUCUCAUUCUAUUACAAUAAUGAGUUUAUUUUGUGAAAAGAAAAGCUAGUCAUUUGCUGUGAAGAAUUGUUUAUUUUUCCAAUUUUACAGAGAAUAAUAUAUUCUCAGUCAAGUUAUUUAGACUGUCUCUGCAGAUUCUUGUUAUCUUUUAAUUGCCAGUUUUCUUUAACCAGUUAUGUAAGGUUUAUCUUUGAAUUUAAAAAAAGAUAAUAAAGAUUAUAUUGUUAUGGAUAUUUUUAUUUUCAACUUUUAUUAUUGUUAUUGCAUAUUUUCAUGUUACUGAGUUAUCACUGUUUUAUUGUUUCUGCUUCUUGUGCAUUUUUUUUCUUUCUUUCUUUUUUCCAUUUCAUUUCCUUGAACUUGUUUUAGUCUAAUUUUUUAAAUCAUUAAUAUUCCAAUAGUUAACUGUAUUUCAACUUUUGUAAUAAUGUGAAUGAAUUGCUUAGGUAUUUUUUUCUACAUCAGAUUUUAAGUGUUAACAGGACAUAGUUGUGUUAAUAUUCCGUGUAAGUACACAGUUGAAUCUUGUUUAAUGUCCUGAAAAUUACAACUUAAACUGAAAUGACAUAAGUAAAACCUUGUUUGUU